GGGUCUCUGGUUUAUAUCAGUGCAUAAGCAGGUGCUCUGUAAUGUAUCUGGGGAGCAGGGGAGGUAUUUACUGAGCACCUGUGUGGAUCCAGCACUCUGCAUGCCAUGCAUGAAUAUAUAAGGCUGACAGACGUGCGAGGCUAAGAGCUGGAGUUGACGCCAGCGGAUGCAGUUGGAACCCGAAAGCUUUUGCACCGUCUGCGCGGAAGGAACUCCGGAACCAAGCUGUCUUUCUGUGUCUCCCCAGCCCUGCAGAGACAGCCUGUGGGCACAGCCUUCUUCUCCCUGCUGCUUCUGCCGUGGGCACGAGUGGAUGGCCCAUUCACCAUGAACUGUGACCCCUGCCCCGGCAUUCCUAGGCGGUCCUGUGUCCCUCGCUGAGGAUCUGACAGCCUGGUUGCUUCCUCAUAUCUGAUGUGCUUAAUCCUCAUGGAGCUACAUCCGUAACCAUGGUGACGCGGGUCGAAGUUGGCUCUAUUGCAUCCCUGAGGGCGGGGCCUGGCCUCGGUGACAUCAGCAGGGAGAAAGCCCUGAAGAGAACAUACUUUGGCCGGACUGGGGAUGCCCCUGGGGCCCCCUCCACUAGAGUCCUGAGUACAGAAAGCCCCCUGCGGACCCACCUGUUCCCUCUGCCCCUUGCUCCCAAGCCUUUCCUUAAGGAGCAGGUCCUCGAGAAAAAGACUCCUGUCACAUCUUCGUGGGCUGGUGCCACCCAGUCCUGUCCUUCAGCUGAGAUCGACAUGAGAGAGGCUAAAGAAGACGUGGCUAAAAGGAUGCCGGGCUUAGCCGAACAGGAGGCAGGCAGAGGAGUGGCCCUGCCAAAUGGCCCACCUGUAUCUAACAAGGCCACCUUCCUGAAGUCUGGCCCCAGCACCGUGGGCCUCUUUGAAACGAACAAACCCGGACUCAACCUGGGCAGAGGAACUAGUGAGGGGAGCCGGGAGGCCAGCUCCCGCACAGCCCAGGCAUCUCCCUUAAGUGCCAGGCCUGAGGUGGCCGCCAAGCCUGCCCUCCCAGCUCGAAAGCCCCCAGUGACUCUGCCCCGACCCACUUCCCUGUCAAAGGACGCUGGGUCUGACGUGUCCCAGAAGUUGGCAGGCCAAGCCCAACCUUUGCCAAAGGCCCACAGUGCGGAGGACCCUACUGGCCGGGCUCCAGAGGCCAAGUCCCAUCCGAAGAGACGUCCCAUGUCAGCAGUGUUCAGCGAGUACCAGCCGCCCCCAAAGCCAGGCCCAGGUGGAGUGGCAGUCACGGGCAAGGUCCCCCCUGUCCCUCCGGAGAAGACGUGGGUGAGGAAACCCAGGCCUCUGUCUGUGGACCUGACUGCUGUGUUUGAGAGCAGAGAGACACUGCUGAGGAAGGUGCCCGGUGUGCAGAAUCCAGUAGAGAGCCAGGGCCCAGAGAAGACCUGCGUGCAGCCCAAGGGCAACGCCGAGGGCCCUGUCUGCAUGGAGGUCACCCCUCAGGACCCCGACUCAGACUUCCAGGAGGUGGCCGAGAGGCUCCAUGUGCGGAGGGAGAGGACCAUUCUCAAACAGAUCGAUACGGACAGCCCUAGGGUUCCCCAGGAUGAGGAAGGGCCAGACCAGCAGUCAGAGAAGGAGCCAGGGUCCCCUUUGCCCAGGCCAGGAAGAGGCCUGGGACUGGCUGAGGUCAAGGGUGGAGGGUCUGAGCAGGAGGCUCCUGCAGGGACAGAGAAGAAGUCUGCAGGGACCAUCAGGAAGCGUCUCAGCCUGUUUGAGGAAGAGACUGCUGUGGCCUUGGUGGUGGUGUCCGAGCCCUCUCCUGGUUCCCCUGCGUCCCCAUCCACAGUGCCAGAGUCGGAGAGAACUGGUGUGAAUGUUCAGGCUCGGAUCAAAGGCUGGACUGUGGAGAGCACAGGGGCAAAGCCGGAGGUCAGGAGAAGGACAUCCCAGGCGCGGCCAUUGUCUGUGGAUUUGACCAAACCGUUCUCACGAUCACCUUCCGGCAGUGCUCUGCUGGGUGGCGAGCUCCCUGGGGAGAGGAGAGAAAAGCAUACGGAAGGACAUGGUUUGGAUGGAACCCCCACCACAAAAAGUUCCUGGAAGUCUGGGGUUCCCCAGAAGACUAGGCAGACGGAACCCAAAGAUGCCUCUGGCCAGGACCCUGACAAGUGUCAGCGUAAAUACUCACCAGGAGACCCAGGCCCUUCUGAAGUCAGUCCAGAAGAUGAUGGAAGCUUCCAGAAGGUGUGGGCCACGAUGUUUGAGCAUCAUGUGGAGAGACACACAGUGGUUGACCAGGCAGGCCAUUGUCUCUCACCUACAUCCCCUCAUGAUGUGACUGACAUCCCAGAUCCCAAACCCAGGCCUGAGAAAGGCUAUUGGCUAGGGAGGGACCCUCCCGGAGUAAUAAGCAAGAGAGACAGCUCUAGGUGGUCCAGCCAUGCUGAUCCAGGGAUGCUGGGACGAGCUGUCCUUGUGGAUAUAGAGCCAAUACAGUAUCCCACAUCUGUCCCUGAGACACAGGCCAUGGGAGAAGGGCACAGCAGUCACACUGUCCUGACACAUCAAGAAAGUUCCCCUGUGUCCCAGAGGAUCCAGCCCAAGUAUGACAUUGUGCAUGCCACAGGGGAGCGAGCGCACAGUGAAGCAGUCUCCAGGGUGCCCGAGGAGAAGGCGGUGACGCUACGCAGUGGCAGACCCCGGCUCUCACUGCAGGGUCGGCAGCUGUCCCAGGAGGUCAGCCCUGCUCACCUGGAAUGUGCUCUGCAGGCUCAUGGAGGUGCUGUCCAGAGGGCGAGUUCAUUAUGGGCAGCUCAGGGUCAGGAGGUCAGUGGAUCAAAGCUUGACUGUCAACAGUCACAGGAUGGAUUUGGGGGCAGUUUCCCGCCCUCCAAAUGGACAGGAGGGGUCGUGACAAGCUGGCGCAGCGCCUCUGUGGUCGGCAGAGAUCUCAAUGGACCCAAAAUAGGUCCAUCCUGGGAUCGCUCUUCAAAUCCUCCAUCCAGGGCCACUGCUGAACCCUGUGACUCCCUAGUACAGGAAAGGCUGAACUCAUUGUCUCUGCAGAAAGGUCCCCUUGAAGUAGCCAGUGACGAUAACCCAAGGCUGGCCCAGGCAGUCCAGCCUGAAGUCAGAAUGCGGAGAUCCAACCCUUCAGAGCCAAGGAUGGACAGGUGGAGGCGGCGGACUCUGCCACACGAUGUGAAGUUCGAUGCGUUCAGCCUCCUCUCGCCAGAGAACACUUCCAAAGGGCAACAGAGACCUGCAGAUGAUGUGAUCUCCUCAACCUGUGCCUUAAAGAGACCUCCAUUGUCCCACAACCAGGCACAAACUCGGGAACUGACGCCAGGAGCCUCACAAAGUCGGACUUGCCCCAUGGAGAAGCCGGGGCCAUUAGCUGAACCCAGUGCAACUUUCUUUGCGGUGACUUACCAGAUUCCCGAUAUUCAAAAGGCCAAGAGUGUUGUUAAACCAGGGCCUGAAAAUGUGUCGGAACCUCCUAGAAGAACGACUCCCCCUCUGUCACCUCGCUCUUUUACGUCUACUUUGGCGUCUCCUAGCCACGAAGAGCCACGGGCUCCUGCCAGCAGUAAGGGCUGGGCCAAGGGCAGAGAACAUGAAGAAGGAAAGGGCCUUCCAAAACACCUGAAGGUCACAGAGCAGCCACCAUCUGCUGGGGACAGGAUUCUGGAUCCUUCUAGGGACAGGAUUAUUGAUGUGGAUGCUCUGGGGAUUCAUCGAGGGUCAGAGGAUGAAACUGCGAAGGACAACAGGACCAGGGCAUCUUCAGGCGUGGGUGCCCCACAGACCUCCCCGGUCCUAAGGCGCCCCAAAAGUCUCCUGGUCAGAAGGAGGACAGAGGUGAUCAGCGAGACAUUCCCAGGGAAGGUGAGAGAUGGCUACAGGUCUGGCGUCCUCGACAUUGAUGCUCUGAUGGCCGAGUAUAAAGAGCAAUCAAGCAGAAACCUCAGCAAGGCUCAGGAGCAGAGGGGAAGUCCUCCAGCCGAGCCCAGUGGCUCCCCUCAGGAGAGAUCAGGUUGGCCCAAGGAGGUGGAAUGGAGACGGAGGAGCCUGAAUGAAGCUCCCUGGUCAGACAGUGUUGGAAAAAAAGCAGGGACCUCUGUGAAAGCUCCCCAGUCUCCUGGCCCGAUCAAGCAACCAGCAGAGCCCCUAGGGGCAGCCAUGACCACCAAGUCUGGCCUGCCACUGUGGGCACCACCACACUCAGCUUCUGGGGAAAACUGUCCCUCACUCUCCCCUGUUCCCGCUGGUUCCAGGAAAAAAUCCCCAGGCAUUGCUGAGUUGGAAAGCAAGCCCUCCCCCAGGGAGCACCUGGAGGCAAAGAACAGGCAAGGCCCAGCCAAGUCCCAGGAACCAGACAGUGAGGACAGAAUCUCCCCCAGGACACCUCCCUCUGACCAGAAGAAAGGGACACCAAAGAAGUCCACUAGUCAGGGAGUGGAGGGUGAUGGAGUGCAGUGGGGAACCCCCCCACGUGACUAUAUGUCACCAGUGUCACCACUGGACAUCAAGAGGGCCUGCUCAGAGAAGGGCCCACCAGCCAGGGUCCGGGAGGGUCUGUCGGUCAUGCAGGACGCCAGGCAGCGGAGAGGGAAGCCGAGUCUCCCUGCUGAGACACCCAAGGCCACAACGGGACCCUGCCAGAAGGAGGCAAGGAAGCCAGAUGGUCCUAAGGUGCCUCCGCAGAACCUGGAGCAGGACGGCCAGCAGCCUGUCCGGCAGGUGUGCCCCAUUGCCUCUGUCCCCAGGCGAAGUCACAGCUUUUGCAAGGACAAGAAGAGUGGACCCUUUGUGAACCAGCUGAAGCAGUGCUUCUCCAGGAGAGCACCGGAAACCAAGGAUACUGACACCCUUGUUCACGAAGCCGACAGCCAGUAUGGAACCUGGGCAGAUCAGCACCAGAAUGGAGGCAGUUUUGGCCCCGAGUCCCCGUCGUCCCCGGACAGCAGUGCUGCAUCUGCAGGGAAGCAGCCACCAAGCAGCCACUUGUCCUCAUACACGGAGUCCACAUCAGUGGAGCAGCAUGACAGCUCCAGGGACCGGCGCAGCUCCAGCGUGGACCGUUCCAGUUCUGAGCUGGAGUCCACAGAUGGCCCAGAGGGGCCACUCCCAUCAGACGCUUGCCCAGCAGAAAGAGAAGACGAUUUUUCCUUCAUCCAUCAAACUUCAGUCCUCGACUCAAGUGCGCUGAAGACCCGGGUGCAGCUGAGUAAGCGAAGCCGUCGCCGGGCUCCCAUCUCCCACUCCCUCCGGCGCAGUCAGUUCAGCGAGUCAGAGAGCCGGUCUCCUUGGUCUCCUCUGGAAGAGGAGUCACACAGCGCGUGGAUGUUCAAGGACUCAACAGAAGAGAAGUCGCCCAGGAGGGAUGAGUCGGAUGAGGAGCCGCCCAAGGUGGAGAGGACCCCUGUCAGCCAUUCCCAGAGGAUGCCCAUGUUCCCAGGCAUAGACCCAGCUGUGCUGAAGGCUCAGCUGCCCAAGAGACCAGAAGUGGACAGUCCUGGCGAGUCCCUCAGCUGGGCGCCCCAACCCAAGACCUCUAGGUUGCCCUUCCAGCCUGGGGUGCUGGGCAGUCGGGUGUUGCCUUCCAGCACGGAGAAAGAUGAGAGGUCAGAGGAGUCCUCGCCCCAGUGGUUAAAGGAUCUUAAAUCCAAGAAGAGGCAGAGCCUGUAUGACAAUCAAGCUUGACCAGACAGGACAUCACUACACCCACAAACUCAAGCCUUAACCGCCAGACGUCAGAACCUGAGGCCAAGCCACCUGCUCCUCCCUGGCCACACUCACGUGCCUGGGCCUUUCCACCCUGAAGAUACUGUGCUGAGCCACAUCUGGGUCCCCACAGGAAGAUCCUGCCCCAGGACCUGCUCCAGUCCCCAGAAGGAUCUUCAGUUCUCCUUGCAGAAGUGGAUUGGCCUUUGGUGUGACAGUUGGCUUUCCUGCCCUCUGCAUACACCUCACAGGACUCCCUCAGCUGGAAAAGAGACUCUGGGCUCCUCCCCGGGCAGCCCGUCUGGAAGGACUUGGACACGGAAGCCUGAGCGGCUCUCGGAUGGCCAGGGAAUUGUCCACGCGUUGCGCUGGUGUCUCCCAGGCUUUGCUUUUUUGUUUUGUUUUGUUUCUUUUUGACAGGCUCUUCUUUCCCCACUUUGAUCCCGUAUUCAUACUUAUAAGCACACUUAUCCUUCCUGUGGGGCUGUGUGCACAAUAGGCCUGUGUCUCACUACUUUCAUGUCUGCUUUAGAGGGGGAUAAAGCAAUAAUUCAGCCAAUUUUCUUAGAAACCUGACACGGGCAUUGACAGACAGCAGGAAGGGAUGGACAGUGUCCAGUUGCCUCAGGUUACCUGAUCCCUGUCCUAGCUAUGAAAACUUGUGAGUUUUACCAUUGUCCACGUCUAGGCUGCUCUGCUGUCUGUGGGGUAGCCUUUGCCCCUCAGUCCCAAGUGUCAUGAACCUCAGUCUGAAUGGUCAGUGCCUUGGCCACUCACAUACCAGAUCGGCUCUGGGUGUCUUUCUUUUUCAUAUUUUCUGAAUACCCAUGUCCUGCUGGAGUGAAGACACAACCAAAUCAGCUUAGAACAGACGUGGCCCCACCCCUGCCACCCGUGACCCACGGGCCGAAGUCGAUCUGCAUCUUGAUCUAAUGGAAAGGUUCCUGUAGUGGGAGUCUCAGGCCAGAUGCUGGGCCAAGAGGUCUAAGAUGUUUUCCUUCGCAUUCUGCUAGCUGAAUGCUCACCCCUCGGAGUCUCAAACCCUCUUCUGUACUCUGGACAUCAUGUUCCCUUUUGUAAGCCCUCAAGAGGACUUCAGAGGCCCCAGCACCAGUGGUCAUGCCUCACAUGCCGAGCCGGCUGCCCACUGUGCCGGCAGCUUCCAGAGACCUUUUCCCAACCUUGCCUUGGUGACAUGCCACGCAGUUCCAAGGUGGUCCGUGGCUGUGGAGGGCCCUGGGUCUGGUGUUCUGACAGAUGCCUGCCUGGCAUGUGUGCCCACCACUGCCCUGACCUCCCUGGCGGCAAAAGUUGCUCUCUGUAAAUCCGUUACUUGCAGAUGGUGUUGAGACCUGCCUCUCUGUCUUCCUGCCUCAGCUCCUCUCUCAUUAUCCUCUCUGCCUGUUUUCCCUUUGGAAGGGUGUGGUGGGAAAGGAUGGCAGUAUUUGGUGUCAUUAGGUUAGGACAGGCCCCACCCGCACCCCACCCUGUGCUCUGGCCACCAAUGAGAGAAGAAUGUUAAAACUUCAUUGCUUUCCCUUCCUUCCCUGACUAGUGGUGAAGGGCAUCCAUCCUCUGAAAUCAUUUGGGGUUCCGUCUCCCUGCAGACUCUUCCAUAGUUCCUGUUUUCUGUUGUGUUAUGAUUUUAGAUCCAUUUUGUAUGCUGCAGCACUUUUGAUCCAGCAGUGGCUUGCCAGGGACUCCUUUUAAAACACAGUGGCGGAGCUGAGGAUGUGUGUGGCUCAGUGGGUGGAGUAUGUGCCUAACAUGUGGGAGGUACCACAUAAAUCAAGUGUGGUGUGUACACCAGUGAUUCUAGCACUUGAGUAAAAGGAGGAAGGCUGGUAGAUCAAGGCCAUCCUUGGCUAAGAAAGCUGGAGGCUAGCCUGGGCUGUAAAAUCCACUCAAACAGAGCAAUAACAAAAACCAAACAAACAAAACCACAAAGCAACAACCUUCCGCUCACGUUUCCAACUUCUCUUCACUGCUCUCUUUAUUCUGGGAGUAAGAAGCCCCUGGUGGCAGGAAGUGUCCUGAGUUUUGAAAGACACAGUAGAAUCAAAGUGAGCUCGCCUUGUGUGUCAUUACCUAACCUCUUCUUGCUUAAUUGACAAGAAAUCAAUUUGAUUCCACAGAAAGACCCACAUACUGACAAUCUCAUUGGGUCAGGAGUGACCCCUCUGGUUCAGUGCAGUGUGCAGAGGCCCAUGCUCGGACCCUUGACCGAGCUGAGCGAGUGGUUCAUUUAGUCCCCUCUUCUAAACCAGGCAACGACUCUGGGAGACAGGUGGUGUGCUGUAUGCUUACUCCUUGGGCUUCUCAGGACCCUCUGUUUAAAAGAAUCUAAUAUGCCUUAAGUGGUGCAGUUCAGACACUCGGGUCUCCCCAACCCCCGCUUCUGGGAACUGGCUGUCUGCAGAGUCCCACAUAUGCCACAUCUGAUCCCUCUUUGCCCAUCAUUGUUUUGCCAUCUGGCCUUUGGAUACCCGCCCCCAUAGACAGGCGUUUCCCCACAUAGUCUCUGGCCUUGUCCUGUGAAAUCAUACAGCACUGACUGUGGGCAGUCCUCGGCCCAGCUAAGAAGCCAGGUGGUCCAGGGAGCUUAAUGUAAAAUUUAUCUGAUGGCCUCAGGUUUGGCAGGAUGCGGGACCCAUCAGAGGGGUUUGUAUCAUAGGGAAGUGAGCAAGGUUUCUGUCUAGAUGUAUGUUUUCCUCCUACAGUAAAAUUCCCCCUAGAAACAGGCCCAGGCCUUCAACCUUAGCUGCUGAGCAGAGAUUGGAAAAAUCCCAGAGUGGUUUUCCUGAGGGAAACCUAGCCAGUCCUGGGAUGUUUGUGUGGUCGUGGUGGUGGGGUGGUAGUGGGUAAGGUCAAUCCUGGCUUUAAGAUGGUUCAUUCUGGUGCUCAGAGACACCCCUAGAUCUAGGCUUGAUUAAAAAGUGAGAAGCCACGCCCACCCAUGUUAAUAUUAUGGUUCUGGCAAGCCAUUGGGGCAACAGAGAUGGUGUGCCCUCCCAAUGUGCCUUUGACCUACCACGUGUUGACAGGAAGCAGAUCUCCACAUUGCUGGGGACUGGGGACAGUCUUGAUUGAGGCGGAGGGAGCUGCAGGAGACUAACAGGGUACGCUCCACACCUCUGAGUUUGCCUUGGCCUCAAGCCCCUCAGUGAGAGAGGACACCACUGACAUUUUAGGAAUGUCACGUUCCAGAAGCCUGAAGCCAUGUCAGAAGUCAGCAGGCAGGAGGAAAAGGUUUUAGUUGUCUCUGUCCCGUGACUCCUAUCACACCCUAGAGUAUCCUUUUAUGAGGACACUUCACAGCCUGCAUCCUUCACCGUCCAAGAGUCUCCUUAAACUGUUAAUGUCACCUGUGCUGUGACAAUCCCUGGCAACACUGAGCCAGCUAGAAUCUCUCCUAUCCUCUAGAGGACAAUCCGCGCUUUUUAAUGUUCUUGUCCCGUGUCGCCUUACAGAUCUUGUUGUAUGGGGCUCACAAAGAUCAUAUAUUGAUAUGCAGAAGGCAUUUGUACCAAGUGGUUUCUUUCUAGAAUGAUCAUGAUCCUCAACAUGCUUUGUAUGCUGGGCUGGGAGAGUGGAAUUACAUGUGUGAAUAUAGGGUAUAUUUUCCUAACUGUUCUUCUGGGUCCUGCCUGGGAUAUUUGUGACAUGAUCGGUAAGGACUUGCAAGACACACGUCCUGUCUGUGGCAUUCUGACAGCUGCCUUACCAAUCCACAAGCUGGAGGACUUUGGAAUGACAGCGGACGGGGCACUGUAGCCAGUCCCAGGAAGGACCUAACUGCGUGACUGAGAAUUCAUCUAUAAAAACCUAUAUUUUUACUGUCAAAACAAAUGGGACUUCCCGGACUUCACAGUGACCGGAUGUCCCCUGUGCUUUUCUAUUUUGUCGCCGUAAGAGGUUUUCUGACACAGACAAGCAGUCAGGAAUCCAGCUGACUGCACCAAAUGGGGGUGAACCCUGCAUGUGCAAAUGGGGCACACCCAGACUCCAGAAAUAGUAAAUAAAGCUCUCAC